AUGCGUACCUCUAUUCUCCUCGCUACCCUGUCGGCUUUUGCCCUGACCUCCGGUGUUGUCGCCGAAUCGAGCUCCACUAGCACAAUCAACUACCUCACUGAGACUAACUCCCUCGGUGUCGUUACUGGCCAACCCUCCGUUAUCACUAGUCAGCCUGCCGCUGCCACUUCCCAGGAGGCCGCUGCCUCAAUCCCAGCUGGUCUGACCGCACCUGUGGUCACUGCCCAGACCGGCACUUGGACCAGCUCUGUCCGCAGCAGCACCCCUCUCACCACUAGCUCUAGCUCUGGCUCCACCUCCACCUCCACUGGUACAUCGACCGAGUCUUCCUCCUCUACCGACUCGGGCACUUUCAGCACUGGCACAACUUCCACCUCCACUGGUGGCGCUGCUUUCGCCACCGCUGGAAUGGGUCUCGCUGCUGGUGCUGCUAUUCUUGCUUUCCUGUAA